AUGUUCACUAAGAAUGGCAGUGUGAUCACAGAAUUCAUUCUGCAGGGACUCACAGAUCUCCCAGAACUCCAGCCUCUCCUCUUUGUGCUGUUCCUGGUGGUUUAUCUUGUCACCCUCAUAGGCAACCUGGGCAUGAUCAUGCUAAUCAGACUGAACACUCGCCUACACACCCCAAUGUACUUCUUUCUCACUAACUUGGCUUUUGUGGACUUGUGCUACAUUACAAAUGCAACCCCACAGAUGCUUGUGAAUUGCUUAUCAGUGAAGACCAUUUCCUUUGCUGGCUGCUUCACACAGUGUUACAUUUUCAUUGCUCUUCUCCUCACUGAAUUUUACAUGCUGGCAGCAAUGGCCUAUGACCGCUACAUGGCCAUCUGCAACCCUCUGCACUAUACUGUGAAAAUGUCCAGGAAAGUCUGCAUCUGUUUGGCCACUUUCCCUUAUGUUUAUGGCUUCUCAGAUGGUCUGUUACAGGCCAUUCUAACCUUUCGCUUGACCUUCUGUAGGUCCAAUAUCAUUAACCAUUUCUACUGUGCUGACCCACCACUCAUAAAGCUCUCUUGCUCUGAUACUUACAUCAAAGAACAUGCCAUGAAGAAAGGACAUAUUGUGGUCACAGAAUUCAUUCUCCAGGGACUCACAGAUCGCCCAGAACUCCAGCCUCUCCUCUUUGUGCUGUUCCUGGUGGUUUAUCUUGUCACCCUCAUAGGCAACCUGGGCAUGAUCACGUUAAUCAGACUAGACUCUCGCCUUCACACCCCCAUGUACUUCUUCCUCACUAACUUGGCCUUUGUGGAUUUGUGCUACACCACAAAUGCGACCCCACAGAUGCUCACUAAUUUCUUAUCAGAGAAGAAGACCAUUUCCUUUGCUGGCUGCUUCACACAGUGUUACAUUUUCAUUGCUCUUCUCCUCACUGAAUUUUACAUCCUGGCAGCAAUGGCCUAUGACCGCUACAUGGCCAUCUGCAACCCUCUGCACUAUACUGUGAAAAUGUCCAGGAAAGUCUGCAUCUGCUUGGCCACAUUCCCUUAUGUCUAUGGCUUCUCAGAUGGUCUGUUACAAGCCAUCCUAACCUUUCGCUUGACCUUCUGUAGGUCCAAUAUCAUUAACCAUUUCUACUGUGCUGACCCACCACUCAUAAAGCUCUCUUGCUCUGAUACUUACAUCAAAGAACAUGCCAUGCUGAUCUCAGCUAGCUUCAACCUCUCCACCUCCCUCACCAUCAUCCUGGUGUCCUAUGCCUUCAUUAUUGCUGCCAUCCUCCGGAUCAAGUCAGCAGAGGGCAGACACAAGGCAUUCUCCACCUGUGGCUCCCAUAUGAUGGCUGUCACCCUAUUUUAUGGGACUCUCUUCUGCAUGUAUGUAAGACCACCAACAGAUAAGACCAUUGAGGAAUCGAAAAUAAUAGCUGUUUUCUACACCUUUGUAAGUCCAGUCCUUAAUCCAAUGAUUUAUAGUCUUCGAAACAAAGAUGUAAAACAAGCCUUGAAGAAUGUCCUCAGACGAAAUACAGUCCCUAAGAUGGGAAUGCCUUCAUUGCCCAAUAAACCAUGA